AUGCAUGAGCGAUGAGCAUGGAAAUAUUCCCACCAUAAUUUCUUCAGUUUUACCUUUUUUAUCACUUUCUUUUUGUCUUUCCAUUUUAUACAAUGAUCAAGUUCAGACGACUUGAAUUAAAUUACAGUUUCUUUACCAUCCUCUUCCUAAUUCUUCUUCUACCAAUCUUGACAUCUUCAGCAUGUACAUACGAAAAGAAAGACGAACACCGAAACGAAUCCAAAUUGCUGAUCAGAUAUAAACUAAUUGCAAUAGCCUCAGUCCUAGUUUCUGGUGCACUAGGAGUUUGUCUUCCAUUCGUGGUGAAGAACAUACCAUUUUUCCACCCGGAAAAAGACUUUUAUCUCUUAAUCAAAGCCUUUGCGGCUGGGGUGAUUUUAGCAACGGGGUUUGUUCAUGUGCUUCCUGAUGCUAACGACAGCUUGACAAGCCCCUGCCUUAGUGAAAACCCAUGGAGAAGGUUUCCCUUUACAGGUUUUGUUGCCAUGGUGUCAGCCAUUGGGACAUUGAUGAUGGAAGCUAUUGCUACUGGGUAUCAGAAGAGGUCUGAGCUCAGGAAACCUCAGCCAGUUGAUGGUGAUGAAGAAAAUGAUCACGCUGUUCAUUUUCAUGGUUCUGCAUCAAAUUCGUCGGAGCUGAUCCGUCAUCGAAUCAUAUCACAGGUUCUGGAAUUGGGCAUUCUGGUUCAUUCAGUGAUCAUUGGGAUAUCUCUUGGUGCUUGUCAAAGUCAACACACAAUCAAGCCUUUGGUGGCAGCAUUGAGUUUCCAUCAAUUUUUUGAGGGCAUGGGACUUGGUGGAUGCAUCUACCAGGCCAAGUUCAAUCAUAAAACCAUGGCAAUAAUGGUGGUAUUUUUUUCCCUCACCACACCAACUGGGAUAGCUGUUGGCAUAGCAAUAUCAAAAACCUACAAUGAGAGCAGCUCAACUGCACUAAUUGUUCAAGGGCUUCUCUUAUCAGCAUCUGCUGGGAUUCUUAUUUACAUGGCGCUUGUUGAUCUUCUUGCUGCUGAUUUCAUAAACAAUACUAAAAUGCUAAGCAAUCCCAAGCUCCAACUUGGAGCUAGUUUCACGCUUCUUCUUGGAGUAUGUUUUAUGUCUCUGAUGGCAAAAUGGGGGGAAUCAUAAUUACAAUUCAAUUUAUUAAUGGUUCAUUUGAUAGUCUUUUUGUCUUAAUUUUUCACUUUCUGUGCUCAAGAGAAAAAAUGAGUGAAGAAAUGUAGAUGACAGUGGUGGGACUGGAAGGGAUGAGGAGAAAUGAUAGAGAAUGUACGACACAAAAAUUUGAAAGUGAAACAAAUCUAAAAUUGUUGUAGUUUUUUUUA